AUGCGUCUUCUUUUUACCUUUACGUCCACUAAUUCAGUGUCUUUCUUUCUUUCUAAUUGCUUUCUUUCUUUUUUCUUUCUUUCAUUUAUGCAUCCAUCCAUCCUUGUUUCUUUCUUUCUUCCUUCUAUCCAUUCAUCAUUUCUUUCUUUCUUAUUUUCUAUUAUACAUCCAUCCGUACAUCCAUCUUUUUCUUUCACCUUUCUUCCUUCCUUUCUUUUUUUUUUCACCCACCCAUCCAUCCAUCUUUCUUCCCUUUCUUUUUGUGUCUUUUUCUUUCUUUUUAGGAUCUUUCUUUCUUUUUAUGUCUUUUUCUUUCUUUUUAAUUUUUUCUUUCUUUUUGUCCUUUUUUUUCUUUUUAUCUAUUUUAUUUCUUUUUCUUUCUUUUUUAUCUCUUUUUUUUUAAUUUUCUGUUUUUUCUUUCUUAUUUUCUUUUACUUUCUUUUUACGCUUUUUUCUUCCUUUUCAUGCCCUUUCUUUCUUUUAUGUUUUUUUAUUUCUUUUUUUCUUUUUACAUAUUUUCUUUCCUUUUCUUUCUUUUAUCUCUUUUUCUUUAAUUUUCUGUUUUCUUAUUUUCUUUUGUUAUGCUUUUUCUUCCUUUUUAUGUCUUUUUCUUUCAUUUUAUAUUUUUCUUUUUUAUUCUCUUUUUCUUUCUUUUUAUCUCUUUUCUCUAAUGUCCUUUCGUUAUUUUUGUUCCUUUUUAUCUAUUUUCUUUCUUUUUAUGUCUAUUUUCUUUCUUUUUAUGUCAUUCUUACUUUUUGUCUUUGCUAG